UUAAAAUUAAUAAAUAAUAUCACGAACUUUAUCCUGAAUUUAUUAUUUUCUACCAGUUAAAAAAUUCACUAAUUUACCAAUAAAAAAAAGUGUACACAUUCUCUUUCAUUUAGUCUUGUUCCUCCCUCCAAAAUUUUCCAUUAUCUCACACUUUCACUUACUCUCUCAUCGCGUCUCUCACUCUGUUCUCUCCUGAGUCCGACGGAACCCUCCGCCGCUCCGAACUCUACUCUCAACCUGCGUUCAGCCAGCCGUCGCCGUUCAUUCUUACUCCUUAGCCCCUCGCUCUUGAACUGUUUGCUCGCUGCUCCAACUUUUGAUUUACUCACCGUUUACAAUAAUAAAAGAUGGCUUACACUGUUGUUGGUUCACUCACCCAAACCAUACCUCGAAUCCUGAGUGAAGAUGAACAGUAUCCCAUUUCUGAUGAAGGAAAGCAACUGAUCGACUCUCUCAGCAAUAAGGUAGCUCCCAUGCGGAAGUUCCUCGCGGGUUCUAAAGAGGAAGCUGAAGGUGAAGCCAUGAGCUUGGAAACGAGAAUGCGGGAGACCGCAAAUCGAGCUGAAGAUGUUCUGGAGCACUUCAUGUACGAGCAUCUCAAGGUGGUCAGAUCGAAGGCAGUAGUUGAACGUACAGAUGCUAUUCAGUAUGAUUUUCGUGAGCUCCAAAUUGUUAUGGAAGAGAUCAACUCCAUCGCUCAAGAGGUGGAGCGCAUCCAACCGGAGAUAAUGCAGCACGAUGGCCGUCCAACAACACAGCCCGGGGUGAUCCCAUCGUCAGAGACAAAACCGCCCGUUAUUGAUAAUGCCACGGUUGGUCUGGAGGAGCAAGUCAAGAAAAUAAAAGGUCUGCUCUGCGGAGGAUCACUUGAACGCCAGGUCAUCCCAAUCACGGGGAUGGGGGGUAUUGGGAAGACCACGCUUGCCAGAGCUGUUUAUGAGGAUCAGGAAGUUGUCAAGAAAUUUGAUGUUUGGGCCUGGAUCGUUGUGUCCCAGAAUUAUAGAAUCGAAAAUGUUUUUGAAAAGCUCGCAAGUGCCUUGGAGACACAAGUCGAAAAGGGAGUUGUGAACGAUGGUGACACAGUGGAAGAAAAAUUACACCGAAUCUUGUCGCUGAAGAAGUACCUGAUCGUGGUGGAUGAUCUGUGGAGUGCUAAGGCUUGGGACAGCAUAAGGAAGGGAUUUGGCAACCAAGACAAGAAGGACGGGAGUCGGAUUAUGGUUACCACAAGGGAUGAGGAUGUGGCUGCUCAUGCGAGCGGUUCCAAGCAGUCUCACAAGAUGGAUCUCAUGGAUGAUCCUACGAGUUGGGAACUGCUCAAGCUAAAGGUUUCUCCAAACACGCAACUCAAACCUGAUAUGGAGAUAAUCGCAAGGGAUGUCGCAAAGGAUUGUGGAGGAUUGCCUCUUGCCAUCGUGCUUAUUGCAGGUAUCUUGUCCACGGCAGAGAAGAGUCCGGUCUCAUGGGGGAAAAUUGCAGAAGACGUAAAAAAUGCUGUUGAGAGUGAUAAAGAGUUCGGGCAGCGUAUUGCCUUGAGUUAUACUCAUUUGCCUUUUCAGUUGAGGCCUUGUUUCUUAUACAUGGGUGGCUUUCCAGAAGAUCAUGAGAUCCAAAUUAGCAAGCUUUUCAAGUUAUGGAUAGCAGAAGGAUUCGUAAAAGAUGAAAAAGAUGCUGAAGUUCACUUGUACAAUCUCGUUAAAAGAAAUCUGCCUUUGAUCACUGCCUUCAAAUCCAGUGGCAAUUUCAAAACCUGCACCAUACACGAUAUGGUACGUGAAAUGUCCAAAUCAAAGGCGAUAGAUGAGAAUUAUGAGCGACGGAUGAGUAUUGGACAUCCAGAUCUGACGGGCCUUGCUAGAGGUUAUGCCUCAACGCUGCGUUCUGUUAUAUGCUUCCAACCUAAUGAUAGCUCAUUACGCAGUCUGCGAAAGUUUAAAUUGCUGAGGGUGUUGGAUGUGGUGGAUACGGAUGCCUACUCCCUCCCUACUUCAGUGUUCGACCUCUUUCACUUGAGGUACCUUGCUUUCGGAUGUCCAAUGGAGGUUCCAUCUGCAAUAUCUAGACUUCAGAAUCUUCGCUCUUUGAUUAUCCAUCCUAGCAAGAGAUCAAAGAAAUACUCAACGGAUGAGGUGUGUCUACCAGUAGAGAUCUGGAUGAUGCCACUUUUGACGCAUCUUGUCUCCUUUUUCGAUCUUUUUCCAAAUCCAGAAGGAGCAGCUUCUGCGCUCAAGAACCUGCUUUCUCUGUCUGUGGUGAAGAAGCUGAUAUGCACAGAAGAGAUGAUGAAACUGAUUUGUAAUGUGAAAAAGCUGUCAGUCACUUAUUUUGGACACAUGUAUAAAGAAGACUACAAGCUCAACAAUCUUGUUCUCCUGACUCAACUUGAGAACCUGACGCUUGCUGUGAAGAAAGGUUCUCCUUUUCAGUUAAAAGCUAAGCCUGUUUUCCCAGAGACGCUGAAAGAGUUAACCUUGAGUGGUUGGCGAUUUCCGUGGAAAGAUAUGAAAUCCAUUGCAGCUUUGCCCCAUCUUCAAGUGCUCAAAUUGAGAGAUCAUGCCUUUGAAGGCAGUACAUGGGACACUAUUGGAGAUAAUAGUGAAGAGUGUGAUGAAGAGGGGAACGCCAUUGAAGAUAUUGAUGAGGAGUGCGAGGAUGAUUUGAACACCGCUGAAGAUACUAAUGAAGAGUGCUACACCUUUGAAGAUAUGAUGAAUGAAGAGAAUCGAAAUGAGGAUUAUAAAGAAACUGAAAAUAAACUGUUUCUUGAACUCAAAUACUUGCUUAUUGAGGAAUCUGAUUUGGAGAAUUGGGUUACUAAAAAAGAGCACUUCCCAGCACUGGAGCGCCUAGUGCUCAAAGAUUGUGGUAAGCUUAAAGAGAUUCCGAAUGACAUUGGAGACAUACCAAGACUUAAAUUGAUUGAGAUUGAUCGUUUCAACGAAUCUCUUCUCAAUUGUGUCUAUGAGAUCCAGAAGCACCAAAAGAAAAAUUUGGGCAAAAACAUUAUAGUUAAAAAAUUAUAAGGGGUAUUAGCAAGAGAAGUGAGAUGAGUUGGAUUUGAUGAUAUUCCGCCUUCCAAAGCAAGGUUUCAUAAUUCAUAAAGACAAGGUUGCAAGGGUUCUGGAAACUUAUACAUCUUGGGAAACACUACCCUUAUUUUAUUUACAAAACUUCAUUUUUAUCAUCUGUUUUGAACCCUUCUUAUUUAGUGUAUUGUUUUUCUGUUUUAUUUAUAUUGAUGCAUUUACUUA